UGUAGUGUAAUUUAUUUCAUUCGAUUAAUAUUAGUGUUUUGAGUAUACACCGUAACAUUUUGCAGUGAAGUUUAUGUAGUGUAGUUCGUUUCAUUCGGUUAAUAACAGUGAUUUAAGUGUACGCCGUAGAAUUUCGCGAAAUGUAUUCCCUGUAUCGCGCGUGGUUAUCGCUGGGGCCGGGGGGGCACCUUCCCGCGUUACCGAUGCCCGUCCCGUUAAAUCUUUCGUUGCCGACGCCCGCCCAAGUGCCCGACGCGCCCGACGUCACCCUCGAAGUGGGCCCCACCAUGACCCACUUUUCCGCCCACAAAGCGGUACUCGCGGCGCACAGCGGCUUCUUCAAGGCGGCCCUCUCGAACCACGCAGGCUCCGCCCCCAUAGCGGUGUCCAGCGUCAACGUCGACGAGUUCUCGUCUCUGCUGACUUUCAUGUACACCGGCUACCUGGAUCUCAACAUCGCCAACAUCUACAACAUCCUGCUGGCGACACACAUUCUCCACAUGCCCCGAGCCCUCGAGCUCUGCCGCAACUUUUUACUCCAACAGAACCAGCACCAACAACAACACCAUCAUCACCUCCACCACCAACAACAACAACAACCGCAAGACCUCCAAAGGGUGAACGUGAUCAAACCGAUCCCCAGCAGGAAACCGGCCCCUCCCACGCGGGCUACAUUCACUCCCGCCGCGCUAGGAGGCUUAACCAAGAGCGAGGACACCCCGUUUAAGAGAGUGAAGCCGGACUCUACGGCGAAGGCGUCCACGAGCCGCGAAGCGGAACGCAAACCCGGCGCGAAAUCCAAACGGCGAAGCGAUCCGGUCGGCAACGACAACGAGAAGGUGAUCGUGGACAUCGCUUGUUGCGACGGUCCCGUCAGGUUCCACCGGGUGGUGAACAAGAACUACGGGACCGCCGCCGUCUCUAUGGACGCGACGGAGAACAAUCGCGACGUCAGAGAACUGAUCAAUCGAAACGAGGCCAUGAACAAGGUGAUGAGCGGCAACAUCAUGGAGAAACUCGGCGGCGAGGAGAACCAAAACAACGGCGAGGUGUUCACAUGCGUCUACUGCAACCACACUUUCAAGUCGCAGUACUGCUAUCAGAAACACGCGCGCAGACACCUAUAUCCGGUCACCACCGUGGAGCGAACGUCAGAAACGAAACGGGAAGUGAAACUGUUGGACAUGAACGUGCAAUACUAUCCGUGCAAAACGUGCGGCAGCAAAUUUCCCAGCUACUAUUUCGUGCACAAGCACCGGAAAAUGUGCCACGCGGACGAGGUGGCCGACAAAGACAACAAGAACAACGUGAUAGAGGUGGAGAACGCGGCGGACAGCGGCGGCGGCGGCAGCAGCACCUGCAGCAGCGCCAUCGACGUCGAGGCGGUGAACAACGAGAACCAAGCGACAGCGGUUUGAAUUUUCGUUUGAAAUUUAAUAUUAAUAAAGCGUGUCGUUUCGCAUACGAAUCGAUUGUUUGUUAUCACGAACGCAAGGAAUCCAUCGCGAAUAAAUAUUAGGUUUGUUCCUAUAUGACGUCGGGAUUCUGCAAUAUAACCUUAAACGUGUUCCAUCCGGGAAUUCUGAGAGGUUCAGAACUAAAAACCUGUUCUAGCAGAACUUUUAAAACAUUUAAAAUUCUAAUUUUACUUUGAAGGUCAGGCAAACCUCAAACAAGAA